CUCUCAUCAACCAACUCAUCCACCAUGCCCGCCUACCACUCGGCCUUUAACGACGACCCAUCCGUGCGCACGGCGGGCAACACGGCCAUCCUGCCCAUCAACACCAAGAUCCGUGGGCCUGCUCCGAUUGCCGACGACCCAUCGCAGCCCGACAUUAUCGAGGAGGCGCUCGACCUCUUCCGCGCCAACUGCCUCUUCCGCAACUUUGAGAUCAAGGGUGGGGAGGGACGAGAGACCAAGGAUGGACGGCUCGCUGACGCUCGCCCAGGCCCCGCCGACCGCCUCCUCAUCUACCUCAUCCUCUUCAUCUCCGAGUGCUUGACCAAGCUGGCGCCGACGCCCGGCCGCCCCAGCCCAGGAUACACAGAAGCGGUCAAGCAGCUGUCCACGCUCGCCGUGGACAACUUUGCGCUGCCUGGCGAGCCCGGGUUCCCCCUCAACUCGAUGUACCACGCGCCUGCGAACCGCACCGAGGCUGACGCCCUCCGCUCGUACCUCACCCAGACCCGCUCCGAGCUCGCCCUCCGCCUCGCAGACAGGCUGUACCCCUACGAGCAGGUCCUCGGCGCUGACGGCCAGCCGACGGGCGCGCAGGGCCCGCGCGCGACCAAGCCGAGCAAGUGGUGGAUGUCGUUCCAGAAGCGCAGGUUCAUGAACCGGUCGCUUGGUGGCGCGUAAGGCGCACGUCGCGAGUGAGCGAACGACGCGCGAGUCUGUGAGCGAGUAGGCCGCCCCGCAGGCUCAGAUACGCGCUGGUAUACUAUGCCAGAUACUCCCCGCACUAGGCGGCGGAGAGCGUGCCCAGAGUAAGACGAUUGAAUGCAAGGCGUAACGGUAGA